GUCCAAAAUAGUCAACACGUUUUUGAAGCCAGGAUGGACAAUGUUCGAUGCAUGUCCUCAGUUCUCAAAUCGAUAGCAUUCAAAGACUAUGCUACUGUUUUCAUUAGCAGUAAUGGACUCAAAUUCACAGUUGAAGAAAGCAAAUGCGCCCAAGUGAACGCAUUUCUCCAAAGUGAUUUGUUCCAGGCUUACGAUUUCACAUCAGAUACCCUUGUAUUCCGGAUAAAUCUUAAUGUUCUAAUGGAAUGUUUGAAUAUAUUUGGAGGAGCUCCGGGUCAAUCUUUCACCUCCCUUAAAAUGUAUUACCCUGCUGAUGGGGAACCGCUUGGUUUGGUACUGGAGGAAGGUGGCGUUGUCACUGAAUGUCAGAUCAAAACGAUGGAGGCAGAUGAAAUAUUGGACUUUAACUUUACCAGCAUAGGUGUGCAGAACAAAAUAAUAAUGAAAUCGGAGUGUUUGAGGGAUGCAUUCAGUGACCUGGAUAUCAGUAGUCAGGUGAUUGAGAUGCUGAUGUCACCUGAUAGCCCGUGGUUCAGAUUAUCUACAUUCGGGCAUGCAGGUAAAACCACAAACGAGUAUCCUAAAGAUUCGGAUAUGGUCGAAUCAUUUGAGUGCACUAAGACACAGAUCAACAAGUAUAAGCUGACACUUCUGAAACCUUCAAUCAAGGCUCUACUGCAGAGCACUAAGAUUUCGAUCCGAAUGGAUAAUAGAGGGUUCUUAUCGUUGCAAUAUAUGAUUAAGACAGAGGAUGGUAACACGUGUUUUGUUGAGUAUCUGUGUGCUCCUGAUGAAGAUAACGAGGAUUGAGGACUAAGUAAUUGCUUAAAUAUCAUGUUAUUUAUUCAUAUGCCCCUCACUUUUGUAAGUUUAUAACCAACUUAUGGAGCUGUCGGUUGCAUGGCACUCUGAUUCGAAUCUUAGAGUGGACCUUUGGAAUAUCAUCAGCCGAUUCACCUCACUUUAUUGCAAAGUUCUAUUUCAGAUUUUUACUUCGACUUAAAUUUUCUGUACAGUUAUUUCACAACUAUUAAAAAUAUUGAUUAUCUUGAUUACAACCGCUUAGUUGUUUCCAAGCGACUCCUAUUAUACAAUUUUAGUGAUCCUAUCACAUUUGGUCGUAAUAUUUUU